AUCUUUCCACAUAUAGCAGAAGUGCAGUCAGUGCGUCCAGGCCACUCGGAGCUCCGGCAAUCUGUGUGCUCUCUGCAACUCACAUCCUAACUUUCUCUGCCGCGUGAAGCUGCUUGCCAGCCACUGCUGUUGACCAGUUUGGUGAGAAACAUUGGACACGGAGACAACUGGUGUCCUCAUCAUCAAAGAAGUCAGUACUCACGAGGUUCUUCUGGCCAUUCUCAGCCCAAACGUCUUUCUUCUUAAAUCCUCUCAUGGACUCAGCCAAGGAUAUUGAUAUAGUCCCGGAGCACUCCCAGAUCUCCAUUCCAACUGGAUGGAUUGGCAUGGGGAAAGGAGGAUUUCAACCCCUGGCUAAGCAGCAGCUUUGGACGUCUUUCGCUUUCAUCAUGCUCCUCGUCUCCUUGUGGCCAAGAUCAGCGCUUUGCCAGCAGUGCCGGAUUCACCGCUGCAAUACUGAAUACGUGGCCUCAACCUCGACCACCACCGGCCUGCAAGACGAGCAGCCAGCCGACGUGGACUACUGCAUUGCCUUGAGGGCCUACUCCCAGUGUACCAAGAAGACCGCGCGGGCCUGCCGUGGGGACCUUGUCUACCACUCGGCCGUCUUCCGUAUCAAGGAGCUCUUCAGCCAGCACAACUGUUCCAAUGAUGGGCCAACAGCCUCCGCCAAGGCUGCCAACCCCAACCAGCCACCGGCUUCUGAGCUGUGUGACUACGAGAGUCGCUGGGCCGCUGGGUCACCCAAGAAGUUUGUGCACUGUGGAUUAUUUGGAGACCCUCACUUGCGCACCUUUCGGGAUGAGUUUCAGACAUGUAAAGUUGAAGGGGCCUGGCCUCUUAUCGACAACCAGUACCUCUCCGUGCAGGUGACCAAUGUACCUGUGGUACAGGGUUCUAGUGCCACCGCUACUAGCAAGAUUACCGUGAUUUUUAAAAGCUACCUUGGCUGCACAGAACAGAAAGUCUACCAGGCGACCACAGAGGACCUGCCCUCAGCGUUCAUGGAUGGCACCACAAGCGGCGGCACUCAAGAGGCUAACGGGGGCAGUCUGCGCAUAGUGGAGCGGACGGCCUCAGCGACGGGCUUUUCCUCCCAGGUGGAAAUCCAAGCCCGGUACAUCGCCACGUCCAUCAUCGUGCGCCAGGUCGGCCGUUACCUUACCUUCGCCAUCCGGGUACCGGAGGACAUGUUGAAUUUUUCUGAAGAGAACACGGGACUCCAGCUCUGUCUUCAUGGCUGCCCCCGAAAUGAACUCAUCAAAGAGCACACGCUGACUCGCCAGAGCUUCAGCCCACGCCUGCAGGCAGCAGGAGCCCCCCAGAGGCAGGCUUAUACGGUGGAGCACGCCACAGCCAAGUGCCGGGAGAUCCUGCAAGUAGAGGACGUCUAUUUCCAGUCGUGCGUCUUUGAUUUACUGACCACGGGUGACCCGGAGUUCUCCAUGGCCGCUUAUGGGGCACUACAGGACCUGAAGGCCCUACCGCCAAGUAAAUUGAAGCAAAGCCCACCUCGGACUCCAAGGCUGCCGAGUGGUGCGCCGGACAGCAGGAUAUCCACAGGCUCCGUUCUGUGCCUUGGCCUGAUGCUGCUCUUGUUCUGGUGAGGCGUGGGGUUCAAAGAGACUUAAGGUAGAGGAGCAGAGUGUGUGUGUCACUGAAGAAGAGCCUUCCCUUUGUCCUCUUUAUUUUAUUAUACGUGUACAGAAAGUGUGCCAUCUACUGGAAUGAAGAGGAUAUCCAAGUGAGGGGAAAAAAAGAGCUGGAGCAAAGAGGCCAAAGGCGAAGAGUGCAUGAGACCCACGACCUUCUGUAGCCAUGGAGGGAGCUGAACUGAAGUAGUUUUUAAAGCGACAUGGCACUUAAAUGCCAUGUUGUGUGAGUGCGUGCGCCUUCUUAUUUUUCAGUUUGCUUUGCUGAGUUUGUAGGCCUUGUGCUGUGGUGGCUGACUCAUUUGUAUGGGCCUCCAUGACUAUGGGGAGUUUUUAUUUUAUUUUCAACAUUGUGUGUUACAGCAGUGAGGCUUGAAGCCCUGUUCCCAGUUCCACUCUUCUGCUUAUUGCACACUGGAGGCAAUUUUGAAAUCUACCUUGUCAUUUUGGAAAAGCUACAAUCAGGGAGCAUUCUGGGAACUUCUCAACUCCAUUCAGGCCACAACAAUGGCACAGUGGCUAGUGCUGCUGCCUCCUAGCUCCGGAGAUUGGGGUGCACAUCCCAGCCCAGUCAGGACGUGAAGAUAGAUGCAGAAUUGAGAAACUCCACUCAGGCAGGGUGCUUGGCCAAGAUUUUAACCCAAUCACAGGUAGCAUCACAUUGUACGACUUUUCCAGCAAUUUCUUUUCAGUUGCUUACAUCAUUUAUAUAAUAUUAGUAAGUUGGAUGCCAUUGUGUAGUCUGACAUCCCCAGGAACUCAGUCUUGAGCAGUCUGAAACUUUCCCCAGUCAAACGAGUUUAGGGACAGGCUUUGUGUAUUGUGACCUUUAGGGGACAAAACAGCAACUUGGACACAACAUCACAGAUACAAUUCCCAGGUUCAAAGAUUUAUUACAAGAAAAAUAAUAUCACAAGGAGCCUUCUUGUAAAGUACAGCACAUAAACACAAUACUCUUCUACCUUUCGCCUUACCUCCACUACUCCCAAACGAGCUUUGCCCUCUUUCACUCGACUCCAAACUCCCCUGGGCGAGGCAGGGCAGUUCCUUUUAUCUAAGACCUGGGAGUACUUGCGGUGCUAGGACUCGGUCCAUUGGAAGCACUUCUGGGUCAGGUGGAAGUUCCAUAAAGUAGGGAUUGUAAAUCCCUGCAUUGCCUGCUGGUGGUGCCCAUGGAUCCCAACAGGGCUGUAGCUCAGGACUCAAGUUCCCUGCAUGCCAUAUUGGUAUCUGAAAAGGAACUGAAGCCCAGGGACACUGCUCUUCUUCCCUGAUUCUUCCAUUGUGCUGGCUUUCUAAACAGGUGAGGGUCCCAUUUCCCAGAACAACCUGAUGGUAGAUCCACCCUUAGCCACAGGGUACUUCAUUCUAAUCCAGUUAACUCUUUAUUCUCCUUUCUUACAUUUAUACUUUUAUGAUUAGUACUAUCAUUUAACUUACCACUUAAAGCAUAGAGGAGAGGGAGGUGCAUGCAGAGGUUUCUGCAAGCCCCUCACGCAGAGGGCUGCCAUCCUACACACGUGCAAUCAGCCAGUAGCAGCGACUUCCUUGCCCACGCACACAGCCUGUUGUUUUUUCAUUAACUUGUUUUGGGGAUCUGUUUGCCAUUUCUGUGAAAAACAGAAAAAUCCAUAAAAUCUACAUGUUGGUAUAACUGCUGUCUGUUACAGGGUUCUUACCUGACUAGUGAUUUAUUUUUUUUUAUUGUCGCCUAUCACUUAAACUAAUUAGUAGCUGAAAUCGCAAAGAAAUUUUCUUCCAUGUUUUAAACUUACCUGUUACCACUUAAAGCAUCGAGGAGAGGGAGAUAUAUGCAGAGGUUUCUGCAGACCCCUCACUGGACUUGCAGAUAGAGGGCUACCAUCCCAUACACACGCAGUCGGCCAAUAGCAGCGAGUUCCUUGCCUGCACACACAAUCUGAUGUUUUCUCUUUAACUCGUUUUGGGGAUCUGUUUGCCGCUUCUGUGAAAAACAGAAAAAUCCACUAAAUAUACAUGUUGGUAUAAACGCUGUCUGCUGCGGGAUCCUUACCUGACUAAGGGAUAGGCAACAAUCAAAAAAUAAUAAAACACUAAACUAAUCAGUAGUUUAAACCGCAAAGAACAUUUCUUCUGUUUUAAAGUGAAUGUUUAUCUUAAGUCUCCAAAGCUUUUUAAUGGGAGAUUUGGGAACUUUAAAACUGUGCGUGGAGAAAUCUGUUUAAUAUCUUGACGAAAAUUGAAUUGUCCUCACAAAUCUCCUUGAAGAAUAAGUGUGCUACAUUUUGAUCAAGUGGUCCAUGGGAGGACGGAGUUGUUUCAUGAGGACAGACAGACAUGGCUAUCACAAUAGGUGCUUUGUGCAUUAUAUUCAAACACACCUAAAAAAAGAACAAAAGAUUGGUGAAGCUGAACUCGGCGUACCUGUUAGCUUAACGCACGGGUACCAACAUGGUCAGGCAGCACGUUAUUGGCUGUCAGAAAAUGGGCCGAGCUUACUCUGGAUAUGUGAAACUGUGCUGGAAAGUCGUCAUGGGGUCGUCUAUUUUAGCAUACAGUGUGAAAACCUACCCGUGUAGAUCAGUGGCUUCAGUCAUCAAAGUAGCACUGUCAUGUAUUGUGACAUUGGCUUUAGAGGUAGUAACACCACUGUGCCACGUGUUGCAGGCUUUAAUAAUAAUGCCUUAUUUCCUCGUCUGGACCCCAAAACAUCUUGCAAAUUUUCUCACCCAACAUUUCUGGACAGACUCAAAGUAAAACAACUGGCACUGGUAUAUGGAUAUGUCUAAAUGUCCCAAAGGGGCACCAUUUUGCUUCCAACUAAUCCUGAUCCACCUGAUUUAAACAACUGUGACCUCCUGUUUGAGAUGGGUGCCACAUUUAAGGGCAGCCAGUGGUUUUCUUUGUAUCAGCAAAACUGUAACCUUGGUCAGUCGAUUUAGGCAAACAGUGGAGUGAGUGUGAGUGUGCCAUACAGAGGACUGACACCCUGUCCAAAGUCCAUUCAUGCCUUGUUCCCAUCGCUGCCUAGAUAACUCCCCGUGACUCUGAACUGGUACAGCGGGUUAGGAAGUGAAUGAAUGGACAGGCCCCUCUGCCCCCUUUAACGGGACACGGAACGAGGCUGGGCCUGCAGUCAGAAUUAAUAGACCGUUUCGGAAAUGAGUAAGCACAACCAACAGUUUCUGGAGGACCUUCUGUUUUCUUGAUACUGAUCACCCAUCCAUUUUAGUGAAGGGUUGAAAGGAACCUGGAGUUUAUUUCAGCACACAAAGUGUGCAAGGCAGGAGUAACAUCUGGAUAGGGCGCCAGUCCAUCGCAGGGUGAACACACACUUGUGCACACACACCCACAAAUCAGGGGCCAAUUUAACAAUGCCAGUUCAAUGACCUACAUGUGUUUGGACUGAGGGAGGAAACCACCUUAAGAUGACCACCUUACCAAGGAGCCCAUAACUGAGAAUCCACAAGAAGUGGAAGGAAACCUGAAGCAAUCUGCUUGAAUUGAAGCCCAGGGGUUUGUGUGUGUUUUCUGCUUUUUGGUUUCUGCUCCGAUUCAGAAAUGGGCAAAUGAGCAAAGCAGAAACGACAUGUCUCUAGGCACCUUCCUCUAGCUAUAGCUAUGUUGACAAGAUUAAAAAGAUAAUUAAAAAGAAAAAAGAUUAUACAUUAAUAUAUUACAAGAGUGUAUAUAUGUGUUGUAUAAUGUGUACAUUUGCUGUAUAUACAGUUGUUGAACGAUA